UUAUUUCCGGUCCUCUGAUCCCCCUGACGCGGACUGUGACUCAGUCUCUGGUCUCUGGCUCCAGCUGCUCUUAUUUUAUAAGUAUAGACCUCGGCUGACUUCCUGUUAUGUCUGACGGGUCGGGCAUGACACAGCCCCCCCCCCCGGUCUGACUCCUCUCAGGGAGCAGACUCAGACAGUCUGGAUCACAUCGAGGACACGCACACCAACAGUCCGGAUCAGUCCGGAUCACCGUCACACACAGCGGAUCACAGCCGAGCGGAGAGAGCCGAGUCCCGAUCCUCAGGUCUCUCAGAGUCCAGAACCUGGUCUGGUUCAGUCCUGCAGCUUCAGACUCUGUGAUGGUUCAGAGUGAACACCUGUUGUUCUGUGUACCUGAGGUGAACAGGUGACAGUCACAGACUGAAUCAGACUGACACUGAGCUGAGGUCGGUUAAAAACCAGAGUUCAGCUCCGUUUGUUACAGACAGCACUUCCUGCUGCAGAGGGAGAAGAGGAUCAUGGGUAAUAUACAGCAUGGCUGUUCAGUGAAGUUACAGAGCGCUGCUUUAAAGAGGAUUUAAACAUUAUUGAUCGAUCAGAUCACAUCAAUUUGGAUCAGCUGAGUCUGAGUCUCUGCUGCUAAACGACGCUACGACUCGCAGCGGAGCCCGAGUCUUCAAGUCAAAGCAACGAAGGAACAAACCAAAGCUACAAAACGAGUUAUCGAUCAGAUCAAAUGUUAAUAAAAUAGAUCAAUAAUCAAUAGAUAUUUGAUUUCUCUGACAGCAGUUCAAUCUGUGAAACUCUGACAGCGCCUCCUGCUGGUCACUGCCACACAGUUCAAUUCAUUAUAUUCCUUCAAGACACAACACAACCUCACUGAUACAAGGUGACCAUGUCGGUGCUGGGCUCCGCCCCCAGCAGUGCCGACGCCUGCCUCAGCAUCGUCCACAGUCUGAUGUGUCACCGUCAGGGCGGAGAGAACGAGGGCUUCGCCAAACGAGCCAUCGAGAGCCUGGUGAAGAAACUGAAGGAGAAGAAGGACGAGCUGGACUCACUCAUCACCGCCGUCACCACCAACGGACUCCACCCCAGCAAGUGUGUGACCAUCCAGAGGACGCUGGACGGACGGCUGCAGGUAGCAGGUAGGAAAGGUUUCCCUCAUGUGAUCUACGCCCGUCUCUGGCGUUGGCCUGACCUCCAUAAAAACGAGCUGAAACACGUGAAGUUCUGUCAGUUUGCGUUCGACCUGAAGUACGACAGCGUGUGUGUGAACCCCUACCACUACGAGAGGGUGGCAUCCCCCGCCACCACAGGUCCUCAGUCUCUGAUAAAGGAGGAGUUCAUUCAGGACUGUCUGCAGAUCGACCUGCCCCCCCAUCCCGACCCCUACAACCAGCCCCGCCCUGUCAGCAUGUAUCCCAGCAUGCCUCUGUCUCCUCCAGGCAGCAGCUCCAUGACGGCUGCAGCUCUGUCUGCAGGUGGAGGUAUUUGUGGUCGGGGUGGAGGAGGCGUCGGUAGCGAGGGCCCAGGUCUCCUUCAGAUCGCCCCGCCUCAGAACCACGGGGGUCGGGCCUCGCCGCCUCACCCAAACCCGCCCCACACCCCUCAGCCUCCUCACCCUCCUCACCCUCCCCACACCCCUCACCCUCCUCACCCUCCCCACACCCCUCACCCUCCCACCCCCACCUCUCCACAGCAGCAGAGCCCCGAGUACAACAGCCCCCCUAAAACUGCCACCUGGACAGGUAACAGCCCCGCCCCCUACAGCCCGGCAGGACCUCAACAGAGUGGGCGGAGCCACCAGCAGCCUCCAUUACAUCAUCAUCACCACGCCCCCAAUACUCACUUCUGGUCACAGCAUCACAGUACUGCUCCGUAUCCACAACCAGUGUCCAACCACCCAGGUCCAGAGUUCUGGUGCUCGAUCUCGUACUUCGAGCUGGACGUUCAGGUUGGGGAGAUGUUUAAGGUCCAGUCCAGCUGUCCUCUGGUGACGGUAGACGGAUACGUGGAUCCUUCAGGAGGAGAUCGUUUCUGUCUGGGACAGCUGAGCAACGUCCACCGUACGGCCGCCAGCCACCGAGCCAGGCUCCACAUCGGUCGGGGGGUUCAGCUGGAGUGUCGGGGGGAGGGGGACGUCUGGAUGCGUUGCCUUAGCGACCACUCUGUGUUUGUUCAGAGUUUCUACCUGGAUCGAGAGGCCGGCCGAGCACCUGGAGACGGAGUGCAUAAGAUCUACCCUGGAGCUUACAUCAAGGUGUUUGACCUGCGGCAGUGUCACAGACAGAUGCAGCAGCAGGCAGCAGCAGCUCAAGCAGCUGUAGCGACUCAGGCGGCCGCAGUCGUCGGUGCGAUUCCUGGACCGAACAGUGUGGGAGGGAUCGCCCCUGCUGUCAGUGUGUGUUCGGCGGCAGGUCUGGGGGUGGACGACCUGCGCAGGUUGUGUAUCGUGCGUCUGAGCUUCGUCAAAGGUUGGGGGUGCGACUACCCCCGACAGAGCAUCAAGGACACCCCCUGCUGGCUGGAGGUUCACCUGCACCGAGCGCUGCAGCUGCUCGACCAGGUGCUGCACACGCUGCCGCCGCGAGAGCACGCGCUCUGACACACAGGUGCUGCUACAGGUGAGGAGGAGCUGUGAUGUCACAUCCUCUGACCUGUCGGGGCUCCGUCUUCCUGCAGACAGGUGUAAACAAACGCAGCUCAUUGGUCGGUUCACACAGGUACACACCUCCAGGCUUCAGACAAUCAACCAACCACAGCGUCUCACUCUUCCUGUCAAUCACAUCAGUUUCCAUGACGACCAGCGUUACAGGUUAAAGGGUCAGUUCACAGACACAGACGUGACACAUCACUACUUCAUCAUAUCACUCCGCCACAAGGUGCACAGUGUUAUAUAGUCCCUGAUCCAAACUGAGGAACCGUUCAUUCAGUUACACCAGUAAUAAAGUAAAUCUCAUCUUAUUAUUAUCAGACAACUCUUUAAUGUCAUUUCAAACAUCAGUAGAAAACCUGUUGUUUGUAGUUUGAAUGAACUGACCCUUUAACUUUCUCCAUCUUUAGUUUUCUGUGGGACUGCUCCUUUAACCCGCUCACAGUUUAUUUAUUUGUGUUAUUAUCUAACAAAAAUUGAUUUCCUGCUCUCUGUGACAUCACUUCCUGUUUCUUCUUCUCUGAUUAUUUAUUCUGACUUCAGGUUUUUCUCUCUCUCAGCUUUUUUAUCACAUUUUACAUUUUAAAGGCUUUUAUACUGAAAGGGUCUGCUGUUUAUUCAAAAUAAACUUUUAUGAUGAAAAGGAAA